AUGUCUUCCAUAUUAAAGCAAAGAGUUAGAUAUGCUCCAUAUUUAAACAAAUUGAGAACUGGUCAAGAGUGUAUUGAUCUUUUUAAAAAUGGUCAAUAUCUUGGUUGGUCUGGUUUUACUGGUGUUGGUGCUCCAAAAGUUAUUCCAACGGUAUUGGCUGACCAUGUUGAAAACAACAAUUUAAAAGACAAAUUGGGUUUCCAUUUAUUUGUUGGUGCUAGUGCUGGUCCAGAAGAAAGUAGAUGGGCUAAUAACAAUAUGAUUUUAUCCAGAUCUCCUCAUCAAGUUGGUAAACCGAUUGCUGCUGCUAUUAACGAUGGUAGAACUCAAUUCUUUGAUAAGCACUUGUCAAUGUUUCCUCAGGAUUUGACCUAUGGAUUCUACACCAAGGAUAAACCCAAUGGCCACAAUUUGGAUAUCACCAUUGUUGAAGCUACUGCUAUCAAAGAAGAUGGUUCAAUUGUUCCGGGUCCUGCUGUUGGUGCUUCACCAGAAAUGAUUUCAGUUUCGGAUAAAGUCAUUAUUGAGGUCAACACCAAAACUCCAUCUUUUGAAGGUAUUCACGAUAUAGAUAUGCCAGUUAAUCCUCCGUUUAGACAACCAUAUCCUCACACUUCAGCUGAUUACAAGAUUGGUCAAAACUCAAUCCCAAUUGACCCUAGUAAAGUUGUUGCCAUUGUUGAAAGUACUAGCGGUGACAAAGUUCCACCAAACACGGCUAGUGAUGAACAAUCUAGAGCCAUUGCUAAUCAUUUAGUUGAAUUCUUGGAACAUGAGGUUAAACAAGGUAGAUUGCCAGAAAACUUACAUCCAUUGCAAUCAGGUAUUGGAAAUAUCGCCAAUGCUGUGGUUGAAGGUUUAGCUUCUUCAAAUUUUAAAAAUUUGACAGUAUGGACUGAAGUUUUGCAAGAUUCCUUCCUAGAUUUCUUUGAAAGUGGAUCAUUAGAUUAUGCAACUGCCACAUCAAUCAGAUUAACUGAAGAAGGAUUUGAGAAAUUUUAUGAAAAUUGGGAUACUUACUCCAAGAAAUUAUGUCUUAGAUCACAAGUUGUAUCAAAUUCACCAGAAAUCAUUAGAAGAUUAGGUGUUAUUGCCAUGAACACUCCAGUUGAAGUAGAUAUAUAUGGUCAUGCAAACUCAACCAACGUUAUGGGUUCAAGAAUGUUGAAUGGGUUAGGUGGUUCAGCUGAUUUCUUGAGAAACGCUAAAUUAUCCAUUAUGCACACACCUUCAGCCAGACCUUCCAAGACUGACCCAACUGGUCUUUCAUGUAUUGUUCCAAUGGCCCCACACGUUGAUCAAACUGAACAUGAUUUGGAUGUGGUUGUAACUGAACAAGGUUUGGCAGAUUUAAGAGGAUUAUCACCAAAAGAAAGAGCUAGAGUUAUCAUUGAUAAAUGUUCUCAUCCUGAUUACAAAGAUCAAUUACAAGAUUAUCUCGAUAAAGCUAUUUAUGAAUGUACCAAAAAGAAGACUUUACAUGAACCACAUUCAUUGAGGGAUGUAUUCAAGAUGCACUUGAAUUUCCAAGAGAAUGGAACUAUGAAAUUGGAUUCAUGGUAG